CUCUCCUCUUAACCCGCCUGCGGGAGCGCCCGGGCCACUGGGCUCCGCUGAGCAAAAGCGGUUAGAGGGGAGCCGGAGUCGCGCGUCCUUUCCCGAGGCCACGCCAGCAUGCCUGGAUGGCGCUUGCCCAGAGGUAGCGAAGUUUUCCGCACCUGCCCCGACGUGCUCUUCAUCUUUGAGCUUGUCUUUGGGGGCCUCGUGUGGAUCCUGAUUGCCUCGUCCCUGGUGCCCCUCCCCCUGGCCCAGGGCUGGGUGAUGUUCGUGUCCGUCUUCUGCUUCGUGGGCACCACUGUCCUGCUCUUCCUGUAUAUAAUUAACAUCCAUGACAGGAAGAUUUCCUGGUACAUCCUCGAUGCCGUCUACCACUGUAUUGCUGCCCUGUUUUACCUCAGCGCUGUCGUCCUGGAAGGUUUAGUCACCAACAUCAUGGACCAUGAUUUGAACUUCACUCAGGAACAUUACCAUGAAAACUUAGUUGCUACGGUGUUUUCAGCCCUAGCCACUCUGCUGUACAUGUUUCAUGCAUGUCUUUCUUUCAUCAGACUGGUGAUUUAGCUGAAAACCCAGACUGUGAUAACUGAUCAGCCCGCCUUCCAGCAUAACCUUUCAGCAUGCAGAAAUGCUCUCGACUGUGGAAAUAAGAAACCAAAAGAAGAACAAUGCUGUGUGUUUUGUGGGUGUUAUGCUGACUCUCCCAUGUCCCUCCUGUCAGUGUUAGGGACCUGCUGUGUUUAACCUCCAACUACUGAGCCGUCUUUCAGGAUCAUCUUCUAUUUGUGAAAGGGGGAGGUGGGGUGGAGUGUGGGGUCUCUGAUCUGAGAGACCACGAAACAAAGAUCCCCUGCUGAGCCCUGGACCGGAUCUUGAGAACUCUCUGCUGGAAUCUUCCACAGGCUCUUUUGAGCCCCCAUCUGGUGGCGUGUUUCUAAGUCUUCAUGAAGAUUCUACCUGUCAUAAGGAUAAAAUUCACCCAAUAAGUACUUGCAGAUGUCCAUGGGGGAAGAUGGUAAAGCUUUGAAACACUUCAUAAAGUGCCUUUAUGUUUAAUA